GAUAGGAAUGCGGGAGUUUUCUCGCCUUGCGCCGCGACUUACCUCCCCCUCUCCGUAACUUUUUUGUUGUUGUCCACCUCCCCCCUCCUCCUCUGUGUAUCUAUCUGCUUGUGGCGAUGGAUCUAGCUGCGGAAGAUACGAUCACAUGGUUAGUUCAUUUUGCACCCUUUGUCAAAUUGGAUGGUUAAUUGAGCCAGGUGUUCUUGACUGUUGACUGCUUAGUCAAGCGGAACAUAUACAAACAGAUGUAAAUAAUGCUAACUGGAUAGUUGACAAGUGAACCAGCCCAAACAGAUAGUUACCUUGAACUAAUAGAACCUUGUUUCCAUUUGGGAGGACUUUUUUUUUAAAUUGACGUUUUGUUCAUUAUUUCAAGGAGUUCUCUGGAUGCUUUACUUUUCAAUAGAGGGAGUUCAAUAGAAGUCAAAUUAUCAGAGCUUUACUAUGGUACCUUGUGUACAGUACAACGAUCAAGUGACUUCUUAAUUUCUUGUAUCCACUAGAAGCUGUUGGACAGAAAGCCAACAACUAUCUUGAAUCUUACAGUUUAGAAACAUGUAUAUAGAUAAAUGAACAACUGUAUCUGAAGAUCUACAGAUGAAUGGCACUAUCGAAAGAUCACGGAUAAGGUUUUGUUUAAUUGAAGACUUAAAGAUUGAAUGAGUAAAAGAAAACUGAAAUCUUCUCUUGAGGUGUAAAGAAGGAGUCUGUCGAUAUCAGAGGCACUGCAGGUGUGAGGUAUUUGACGCUUCAGUUUCAUAUCAAGUUGUUGGUGAGGAGGUAAUAGAUAAUGUCGUAAUAGUGAGGAGGUAAUAGCUAAUGUCGUAAUAGUGAGGAGAUACGUUCAGCAGUAAAUACAAUGCAACAUCUGAUGUACAAGACACGAAAUGAAAUGAAUGGAAGAUGUCUUCAUAGUUUCAAGUAAUACACUAGCAGCAUUCACCAACCUUUCUAAUAGACAGCUCAGCUUUAGCCCGUUCAUUGUAGGUCAAAUGGAGCAAAACCUUCGCUGCAGAAAUUAUGAUGAUUUUACAAUGAUAAUGAUUUACGUGUGGAAGACUUAGGUCCGUGAUUUGGGAGCACAUUAAUGAUGUUGACACUGUGAGCUUUUUGUCGGAGAGAAUUUUGUCGACAAUAGUAAGCGGGAACGCUUCAGUUUGUGUCUCGCUGCCGGGAACAUGAGCGACAACGUGACGCUUAGCAGUGAGGAGGAAGAGCUGACCAGGACGGAAAUACCAUUCAUAGUCCUGUACGUUUUGAUGUGCGUGAUAGCAGUGUUGGGAAAUUCGCUGACCGUCUACGUGGUAUUGUCCAGGCGGCGGAUGAGGAACGUUACCAACUACUUCAUCGCCAGCUUGGCUGUCAGCGACGUCCUCAUGGCCUUGAUCUGCAUCCCUUUUACUUUCGUGGCCAACAUAAUCCUCAACUGGUGGCCCUUUGGCUCCAUAAUGUGCUCUGUAGUAACCUACCUCCAAGCGGCCAUUGUGUUUCAGAAUGCUUACACUCUGCUAGCCAUGAGCAUGGAGCGGUACAUCGCCAUCAUGCACCCUUUCAUGCGCCGACUUGGAAAACGUAGAUGCCUUCAGCUGGUUGCACUGUGCUGGGUCCUGGCCUUUCUGACCCCGAUCCCCACGGCGAUCACGUCCAGACUUGCUCCGCCGGAGAACUACACUGACCCCGACAAACCAGUGUGCCUAGAAGAUUGGGAGUCCAAACAAAAACAGUUCACGUACUCGCUGACUAUCAUGAUCCUGCAGUACUUCGUUCCGCUGGCUGUGCUGAUCUACACCUACGCGCAGAUAGUUCGGGUCAUUUGGCUGAAGGAUAUGCCGACUCCAGCUGAGCUCAUCCAACAGAACGGGAAGGAAGAUGAUCGAAUCAAUCGACACAACAGAGAGCCAGACCCAAGAAAAAAGGUGAUAAAAAUGAUGAUUACUGUUGUUGGCAUCUACGGGUUCUGCUGGCUACCCCUGCACCUAAUCACCAUAGCAACGGAUGUCCACGAAGAGUUGUGGGACCUGUCGUACACCAGAGUUCUCUGGAUCAGCGCCCACUUCCUGGCCAUGAGCAACUGCGUUUACAAUCCUUUCAUUUACUGGUGGAUGAACCCCAAGUUUCGCGAGGGCUACGUCUCAAUAUUCAAGCGCUUUCGCGCGUUCCUGUGCUUUUGCUGUCUGCACAACCGCGGCCGGAACACGUCCUUGACCUCACUGAACGGCAGGAGGUAUUUUACCAAGUACGGUAACGGGUCCGGAAACAACCUGUCGCUAAGCAGGUUCGCCAGCAACACGCAGAUGAUGGAAUGCACGGGGGUGUUUCUGGACGACACCCGCAAGUGCGACUCCCUGAUGCUGUCGGAGCACAUGAAGAUCGCAGACAGGCAGGCGGAGUUCUCUCCGAAGCUCAGUAAGAUCUCCGAGGUGACAGAAAAUGGACUCAGCUACUACAGCGGAAAGCCGGCGUGCAACAACAAAGAGGACUUUGACGAUAAGUGCUGCCGUACUUAAGGCUAGCUUGUCAGCAUGCCCUUCACCUUGGCAACACAUGUUGUCCUGAAAUCAGUGCCAAUCUUAAGCGACAGUCGUCAUGGCUUCUGGAGCCACACUUAACUACUAGCCCUUAGUGGAAUCAAACAGAUAUGUUUCUGUUAAACGAAAAUAACUUAUAGUUCAAUGAAAAGCGUUCUAAAGAAGCUGGAUUAAAGAACUGAAAGGCCUUUCUAUUGGCUCAAGGCUCAAGUCUACCGAAAGAAACUCUCUUGGUGCUCAAAUGCUGACAAUAAAUGAUGCCUCACAAUGCAGGCGUCACUUUUUUGUCCUAGAUGAAGCAAAAUGGAACGUCAUCAACACAAAUCAUAGACUGUUGGUACACAAUUUAUUCCACACCACAGGCGAAUUGUAAUUACUAGACACUUGUUGACUUACCUUUGUUCCAAAUGUCUACUUUACGUUUUGGUGAUUAUAAUGUGUAUAUUUCUUGUACUUAACAUUCGCAUGUCAGCAGUCAUGGAAAGAUCUUUACUGAGACUAUUAACUCCCUCUCAAGAGCUUAGUGAGAAAGGGUGGUGACGAGGGGCGACUACUCAUGAUUCUGCGAACAAAAAUAUAUUUAUGUUUAGUAUGAGUUCAAAGUAGUCUAUGGAAAGUGGUCUAUGGAAACUAGUCUGUGGAAAGUGGUCUAUAGAAAGUGGUCUGUGGAAAGUGGUCUAUAGAAAGUGGUCUAUGGAAAGUGGUCUAUAGAAAGUGGUCUAUGGAAACUAGUCUGUGGAAAGUGGUCUAUGGAAAGUGGUCUAUGGAAACUAGUCUGUGGAAAGUGGUCUAUAGAAAGUGGUCUGUGGAAAGUGGUCUAUAGAAAGUGGUCUAUGGAAAGUGGUCUAAGUAGCCCACUUCCUAUAUUCUGAUUUGUGCCUAAUAACUUGCCCAUCUUGUCAAGCUUGUGGAUAUGUCAAUGAAGCUAAAGACCAGCUGGUCACUUACUCGUUCUUUCGUGACAAUAUUGUUGGUGGGAGAUACCCCCCCCCAGCUUCCCCCAGUUCACAGUCAGGACCUGGAUUAGUGGAUUUUCAAGGGCCAUCCUAUACUAUUCUGGGACAUGUUCCAAAAGGCCUGGCCAUUCUAUUAGCCCAAUGUAUAGCUUUUCUAUUUCCUCAAGUCUCUGCAUUCCUCUGCAACGGUUAUAUCUAUGUCUUGAUGCUUUUUUCACGUCGCCACUAAGUAAAACGUUCCAUGAAGUAUUCUUUGAUACCAAGUAUUUUACUCAGAGCAACUGCCCCCAAAGUCAUUAACACAUUUCUUUCCUAACAGCGUCAAUUGUUAAGUGUAGUUGACGUAUCUCAGUGCAAUCAGAGAAAAUGUAUUACAAAUUAUCGCUCAGAUUUUUCAUUUUGCAACUUUCCAUUUUGUUGACGACUGGAAUGGGUAAUAGUUCUUGUCUCCAGCAAGAUGAUAUACAUUGUCAUGAUUUCAACUUUCUGUGUGAUCUAAGACUCAUUUCGUUUUUUUUUAUUUCACAAAGAUGUUUAGGCCUGAAAUACUUACAUAAAUUUACGUCAUGUGGUAAGUUUGCGAUUUAUGUCCUGUUGAUGUACAUAACCCAUGCUCAGACAGAGGAACCAUGUAUAGCGGAGAACUCGGUCAUUGCAGCCUGAGCUAUUUCAAGUGCGUCUUCUUGCUGAAAGGGGAGAUAAAAACUGAACUUUUUAUGUUGGUGUCUUUCUAUGAGUUGAUAUUACUGAAUGGCCAAUUGAUGUUUUUAAUGAUCUCUUUGUCUUUGUAUUAAACAUUAUCCUCACAUUAUCAUGUCACUCCAGAAUAUACAACAAGUUUGUAAGGACAAAAUAAACAUUCUUGUGGAAGUUUUCAAAAA